GGGCAGUGUAACAAAGUAGCAGCAACAACAAUCAGCGUUCCAAGAAGAGAUACAAAAGAUUCCCCCAGCUGGAGAUCGCUCAAUCUAUCAGCAGUAAGACUGUUCACAUUUUAAAAGUGGGUCUGUGGAUAAAAGUUAACUUGCAAGUUUACCGAAGAAUUAUUCAAGUACUGUCGACUUAGUGAGGUUUGUCAUCCCUCAACCUCCUUCGCUGCAGGGGAAACAAGCCCAGUCUAUCCAAUCUAUCCUGAUAACUAAAGUCCUCCAAUCCAGAUAACAUCCAGGUGUCAAAGGUAUGGAAUGAUUUAUUGAGAACGCGCUUGAAACAGACUGAGCAGACUUAAUCAAAACUACAAUUCUGAAGCGAUCACCUAAACACCAUGGCAUGCAAUGUGAACCUUGAGCUAGAUAGUUUUGAUUGUAUUCCAGCGAUCAGUGACAAUGGUCCUGCUUCUCCUGAUUCUUGCUUUGAUGAAAAUCUCGUUCAUGAUUCCUUCGCUCAUCUGAUCUCCGAGCACAGCCAUGAAGAAUGUGACCCAUCAGCAGUGACUGAGUUGGAGGAAAUGCCUGGUAUGGGGAUAGAAAAUUUGGGAUACUGUGGAUCACCUGCUCAGGCAGAAGGAUGGCUCGAUGUUGACUGCUAUGAUCCAGCUACCAUGAAGGUCCUCUCCUUCAUGCCUAGUCGAACCAUAGGUCGGUCAAGGGGUGCAAUUAUCUCUGAAUAUUAUAAUCGCACAUUGAAAUUACGGCGAAAAAGAAAUCGGCCAUCGUUGAAAGACAUGCCUCGAUCUAUGAGACCAAGCAUACGGGAUGCAGUUGCAGUAGAUGGAAAUUAUGAAGAAGAAUUGGAAAAGAAAAAACUCUUAAGUGAGUUGAAGCAGAUACCAGCGAGUGAUCGUGCUAAGAUGCUACAGAGUAUGCCUCUGAAUCUCUCAAUGAAACGGGAGCUUAGGCGUAUGGCACCAAACAAGGAUUUCAGUGACAGUCCUCUUGAAAAGAAUCGUCUCUCACGUUGGAGCCGUGCAAAAUACAGUCUGAUCAUUGCUGUCAGACAGUGUUGGUAUGGAUUUCUCUCCUUUCUACACUCGUUGCAGUUAUGGCAGAUUGCCCAGAAGCAAAUUAGUGGUCGCUUUGGGAUCGGUGUGCUUUCCUACUUUAUCUUCCUCAAGAUGCUGCUAAAGUUCAAUUUUUUCCUCCUUAUCCUGAACCUUUGUUUCAUUGUAAUUCCUCAAGCUACUAAUCUGCCUGAAGCAACAAAAGGAAACUUUGUCGGAUUAGAGCUUCUGUAUGGCACUGGUUAUUUCACAGACACAGUUCUGUAUCAUGGUUAUUAUACUAACAACACUUGGAAUAUCUUGAGUGGUCUGGGAUACAACGGUAGCUCUAUUAAUGUACCAUAUAACAUGCCGAUAGCAUACCUCUACACUGUUGGAACUUCCUUUUUCAUCACCUGCAUUAUUCUGGUUCAUUGCUUAUCCAAAGCAUUUGGAGAGAGUUACCGAGUGGGCAGUGGCUACCGUGAUCUGGCAGUGAAAGUUUUCUGCUUUUGGGAUUUUAAAGUAACUCAAAAACAGUCAGUUGAGUUAAAUUACGAGGACAUCAGCACCCAGCUGAAGGAAUUUCUUACUGAGCAUAAUUUCCGUGCUGAGCGCUUGAACAUUUUUCAAUGGUUUGUUAAUCUGUCUGUUCACUUUCUGGGCUGGCUGCUGUCCUUGGGGAGUGCUGUUGGUUGUGCUGUUGGAGUCUAUUAUUACUCUGAAAAAGUGCUGAAGGAUUAUUCGGAAAGAAUCCAACGGAGAAUGUCUGAAAAAGAAGCAGAGGGUAGCUUGCUAGGAAUUCCUAUUCUUGUGUCAGCAAUCAAUUUUGUGAUGCCAUAUAUUUACAACUUAAUUGGAUUAUUGGAAAAAUAUGACUUUCCACAGCAACGAAUCUAUGUUUCUAUUACCAGAAAUCUGGUGUUGAAGAUGUCCAUCAUAGGACUGCUUUGUUUUCAUUGGAUAGGAGGAAAUACCACAAAAAUAACAGAAAUAUCAUGUUGGGAAACUUUUGUAGGACAAGAGUUAUAUCGCUUAGUGGUGGUUGAUUUUAUAUUCAUUAUCCUGGAAACAGCAUUCGGAGAAUACGUCUGGAGAUUAGUUUGUAUUAAACUGCUGAAACGGAAAAGAAAACCUGAGUUUGACAUUGCCAGGAAUGUGUUGGAUUUGAUCUAUGGACAGACCCUCACAUGGGUGGGUCUGUUAUUUGCACCAUUGAUACCUGCCAUUCAAAUCAUCAAAUUUGUUGUUGUUUUCUACAUUAAAAAGCUUAGUUUGAUGAUGAACUGUCAGCCUCCACGCAAACUCUGGCGUGCAUCUCAUAUGAUGACAAUCUUUAUUAGUCUUCUGUGUUUCCCUUCAUUCCUUGGAGCCACUCUUGCUCAUCUCUAUUCUGUAUGGCGUGUAAAACCAUCACAAACGUGUGGUCCCUUCCGAACGCUGAAUAACAUGUAUGAUUCUGCAAAGAUUUGGAUGAAUCAGCUGGAGAGUAAAGAUUCUAAAUUUAUCUGGUUUCCAUGGAUUCACAAAUACUUGGUGGAAAAUCCUUUUUUCUUCCUUUUCGCAUCAGGCAUCCUUCUUAUAGUAAUUUAUUUCCACUGGCAAGUUCUGGAUGGUCAAAGGAAGAUAAUUAAAUUAUUAAAUGAACAAAUUAGGAAUGAGGGGGAUGACAAAAAAUUUCUUAUUGGCAAACUUAAAGAUUUCAACAAAAAGAAAUUUAAAUCUCAGAAAAAGCAAAUGCAAGAGGAAACUGAGGUUUGAUCCUCUGUAAAGAACAAACCGUCUCUGAGGAAGGCGAUACACAAGAUGGGGUUAAGUUUCAUCCUAUUGCCUAGAACAUAACUUGGAGGAGCAAAUCACACAUGUAACUGAAGACAUUGAAAUGAAAACUGAUUCCAGAAGGGAUUCUUGUAUCUAACAGAAUUAUCUAUUUUUCCGUGUUGAAGUUUAAAUCCAGGUCUCUGAGAGCAAAGUUGAGUGUUCUUCUGACAUGCUGGAUCUCACCAUUCAACAAACUUUUAUUUUUAAGAGCAAUUUACUGUUUCUCUUUUGAAGUAAAGAUAGAAGAAUUCUUCUGAGAAGAAGAUGAUCAAUAUUUGGUUAAGAAUUUUCCUGGCUAUGAGAAUACAUUACAGUUUAUUUCUCAAAGCUUUUUACAUCUUUCUCAUGGAAUAGUUUCAUCCUGAUGAUUACUAGAAGGGAAGAAGAAAUCACCACUGGUUAUGUAACUAACAUUGACGGUGCAAAAAACUGGAAAAGCAGUUACAACCUGACUGUGAAUUUUUACUUGAUGCCUGUAAUUGUUCUUUUUGUUUAUAUACGCAUCUGCACUUUACAUUGGUAAAUCUAUGGUUGUCCAUUAUCCAAAAAUGGAACCAAAGCAACAACAACCACUUGCACAAAUCCCUAUCAAUUAUAUUGUAGUACCUAUUACAGGUGUGUCUAUUUUAGUUCAUUGGACUAUGUCACUUGGGUGAUAAAAAUCAGUCUGUUUUAUCUACUCCUAGACAGUCCCCCAGGAUUAAGGAUGUCUUGUUUCCUCUCUGGCAUUGUGGGUUCUGAGGUGACUCAUCAGGCCACAGCCUCUUCCAUAGAUGGGGCAGGAGAUGAUUGAUGGGGGAGGUGGGUAGGUAGUUUGUAAAGUGGUAGGCUCCCUCUGCUGUUUAUUCAGGGUCUGGGUCAGUCCUAAUGACAGCUGCGGAUUCUGAGAAUUUGCAUCUGAGUAAAGUUCUAAAUUAAACUGAUUAACAAGUGCUAGAAUUAGUCAGGAUUCAGUGAGUUUCUCUGAAAGUGCGUGGUUCUGGAGGGGUCCGAGGCUUCAUCUAAUAUUGGUGGUAAUGGCCAAAUACAUGGUGCAAAGUAUUACAUUUAUUUCAAUGUGACUUUCAGCUAUAUUCUUUGGCUUAUAAUUCACUUUUCAAACAAGAACAUAGCUUUAAAAAAAACCUUUUAUGUAGCAUAAUGAAUUCAUCUAAAUUUCCAAUAGUUUAUUUCUACUGCAUUUGUAAACAUGAAUGCUCACUUCAAAGUGACAAAGAAUAAAAUACUGUUGCAAUGUACUGAGGGACUUUUUUUACAUCGGUAGUUUACAUAAUCUGGAACAAACUGUUGGUAUUCUCCCUUUGUUUAAAAUUCUGAAGUGAGAUACUGACUGCUCUACGAAGACCAGGAGAGCUGAUCUGGCAGAUACCUCCACAGCAAUCUGCAAAUGUUGUUAAUUAGACAAGGACUGUGUUUGAAAUCUAACUCUUUUACGUAUUUAUAUUCAUAUUGGAAACUACUUUAACUCACAUUGGUUUUGCACAUUUCAGGAUCAAACUGAUACUGCAGCUCUUCCCUUUGACAUGUAAUUAUCUACCAAAUGAUAAGUUUAGGUGGACGAUUAAAAAAAUUUGUUUAUUAUCCAUCUGAGCCGAUGAGUGAAAAAGUAUUCUGAAUUGCCCCUUUUUUUUAAAUACUGCACAAUGGCACACUUCAAAAGUGGGUUCUAUGUUCAACAUGUUUUUCAUGCUAGUUCAAUGGCUUUCAAUACAGUAAAUUGCAAUUGGUCAUUGAAGAGGAAUACAUGUACAAAAUACCACUAUUUUAAACUGUGGUGACUGGCAUUUGUUGCCUGCACCUGAUAACCAAUUGCACCAGAUUUUAAAUGUUCUUUUCUUUUGAAUCAUUUAGUGCCUAAUUAUUUGGGGCUGUGCAGUCAAUGUACAUAAGUAUAGAAUAUUCUGUCAAAUGUAACUACAUUUCUGUAUGUUUAUAUUUAUUUGUAUAAAGGGCUAAACAAUAGAGUUUUGUCAACAGAGCAUUUGUUGUUGAAUUUUAAUAAGAAAAUUAUACUUGCACCCCAAUCCCAAGUAUGGUUCAACGCUGGCCAAAAUGAACUUUUUUUUAAUGCCCACCAUGUAAAAUGAUGCACUGCAAUCAAACUUCAUUAUGUGUCACCGAAUCAAUCUCGGAGAUGCAUCCUACAUUACUAAAAUGAACUGAAUUCUUAAAAUGUACUGAAACUUGAAAUUUGUUUGUUGUCUUGGAAAAUCUCAUUUCUAACAUCAUUUAAGGUGCCAUAAAUCCAAUAUUUGCAUGCAUAUAUCUGUGUGGCGAUGUAUUUGUUUCUUUCUAUACAAGCAUUCUAUAUUUUUGAUGCCUGUAUGCUAUGUAUCUGCAUAGUCUUUUGUAUAACUUAUGUGCCAGCUUCAAAUCAGAAAAUGUGCAAACAUGGCCAGUAGUUUAGCAAGUAAUAUUCUUAUAUUAAAUGAAGUCUGAUUAAAUCCAUUCAUUGCAAACAUAAUAGAGAAACACAAAAGUUCCUUUGUUAAUGAGUGCACACGGUACACCUUCAGCUUGCAGGACAUACUUCAUUUUAGCAAUAAUCAUAUGAGAUGCCUGUAAAAUAUUGGCAUGGGUACCAGAGAGAUUAUGUUAACAUGGAUGCCAAUGAAAGGUUAUCAACCUGGAACAUUAACUCAGUGUCUCUUUUCUCUGCCUCUGUAUUUAUUAAUUUCCUGCCUUUUACUUUUGCAGAGCUGUAAAAGCAUGAUCAAUGACAUUCUUGUUUUUCACUGUUACAACCUAAUUGCAGUGAACAGCAAAACAAUGUACAGCAAUUAGAAAUAUUGUACACCACUAACUGUGUAAUAUCAAAGCAUGUAAAAUCAGAUUCAAAGCAGAGAGAAAAGGCCAGUCAGCCAAUCAUAAAGGUGUGCUGUGAGAGUAAUAAUUUUCUCCUGUUCAUUUGGCUUUGAUUCUUUUCCACACCAUUUUUUUUCCAUGUUUUCAUCCACUUUUGAGAGCUAUUACAUGCUUUGCUAAUUCCAAUAUUUCUGACAAUAAUUCUGUCCUCGAUCAUCAAUCACCUAAUUGCUCUUUUCAUUUUUUUGUCAUAGAGAUAAAUUUUGUUAUACUUAGUACCUACUCAUCACAUCAAUUCUGUUGGAAAGGGGCCAGUUCUUUUAGUUUCUUGUGAUGACAUCCCUCACUUGUUACUUUCUUGGAUAUUGCUAUAUGUAUACAGAGUAAAUUUUGCCAUUUGCUUUUGUAUUCAAUGCAUGUUUUUUUUUCUAUAAAAGGAUGCCAUUGGCUUUUUAAAACACCUUUACCAAUUGUAAUCCUACUUUUCUAGAUUGCUGUGCAUCUGAGUUUCUCAGAUACAGUAAAUAAAUUGGUAAUACAAGUCAUGGAAUUCUUGCUGGCCUAAAAAGGCAUGCUAAAUUGGUGAUG